AACUGAGGACAGCGCGAGAGCUAUCCCUCACCAGCAAGAAGCCUCGGGGCCCCCCCUCAAAGCUCCAGGACCCGGGCGACUGAGCCCCUCGCGGCGCCCUUCGCAUCCCAGCCUAUGGUUGUGGCGCCCUGAGCCCCCCCCGGGCCGGGCUGACGGAAACCGAGACGGCGCCCAGGCCCCCUGCCGCGGCGUCCCCGCGGCCCCAGCCCAGGGAGAAGAUGAGCGUGGGCUGUCCAGAGCCUGAGCCACCCCGCUCCCUGCCUUGCUGUGGGCCGGGGACUGCCCCUGGGCUGGGUGCAGGGGUGCCCCUCCUCACUGAAGACAUGCAGGCACUGACGCUCCGCACCCUGGCUGCCAGUGAUGUCACCAAGCACUACGAACUCGUCCGGGAGCUAGGCAAGGGCACCUAUGGGAAGGUCGACCUCGUGGCCUACAAGGGCACAGGCACGAAAAUGGCGCUGAAGUUUGUGAACAAGAGCAAGACCAAGCUGAAGAACUUCCUGCGGGAGGUGAGCAUCACCAACAGCCUCUCCUCCAGCCCCUUCAUCAUCAAGGUCUUUGACGUGGUUUUUGAGACGGAGGACUGCUACGUGUUCGCCCAAGAGUAUGCGCCUGCAGGGGACCUGUUCGACAUCAUUCCCCCUCAGGUGGGGCUCCCCGAGGACACGGUGAAGCGCUGCGUGCAGCAGCUGGGGCUGGCGCUGGACUUCAUGCACGGGAGGCAGCUGGUGCACCGCGACAUCAAGCCCGAGAACGUGCUGCUGUUCGACCGCGAGUGCCGCCGCGUGAAGCUGGCCGACUUCGGCAUGACGCGCCGCGUGGGCUGCCGCGUGAAGCGGGUCAGCGGCACCAUCCCGUACACGGCGCCCGAGGUGUGCCAGGCGGGCCGCGCCGACGGCUUCGCGGUGGACACGGGCGUGGACGUGUGGGCCUUCGGCGUGCUCAUCUUCUGCGUGCUCACCGGCAACUUCCCGUGGGAGGCGGCGUCGGGCGCCGACGCCUUCUUCGAGGAGUUCGUGCGCUGGCAGCGGGGCCGCCUGCCGGGGCUGCCGUCGCAGUGGCGCCGCUUCACCGAGCCCGCGCUGCGCAUGUUCCAGCGCCUGCUGGCCCUGGAGCCCGAGCGCCGCGGGCCGGCCAAGGAGGUCUUCCGCUUCCUCAAGCACGAGCUCACGUCCGAGCUGCGGCGCCGGCCCUCGCACCGCACGCGCAAGCCCGCCGGGGACCGCCCGCCCGCCGCCGGGCCGCUGCGCCUCGAGGCGCCCGGGCCGCUCAAGCGGACGGUGCUGACCGAGAGCGGCAGCGGCUCCCGGCCCGCGCCCCCUGCCGUUGGGCCCGCGCCCGCGCCCGCGCCCGCGCCCAUGCCCGUGCCCGAGGCCGGCCUGGCGCCCCCGGGGCCCCCCGGCAGGACCGACGGCCGCCCGGACAAGAGCAAAGGGCAGGUGGUGCUGGCCACGGCCAUCGAGAUCUGCGUCUGAGCCGCCCCCGCCGUGCUCGCACCAGGCCGGGCCCGCGCUGAGCCGGGGCGGAUGGGGGGGAUGCGAAUCCGACCGCCCCCCGCCCCC